GAUACCUCAUGGCUUUUAUGAAAAUGAAAUGAAAUCAUACUUUAGUCAAUUUGGUACUGUGACGCGUUUGAAAUUGUAUCGAAAUAAAAAGACUGGAAAAUCAAAGCAUUUUGCAUUCAUUGAAUUCGCUAGUGAAGAAGUUGCACAAAUUGUAGCUGAAACAAUGGAUAAUUAUUCUCUAUGUAAUCGCCUGCUUCGCU